UACACCUCCUCCCUCCCCCUCCGCUGCGUCUCCUCAUACAUCCUCCCCCCCUCCCGUGCCCUCUCCCUCUCGCCACGCAGCCCCACCAGCCUGGCCCGCCGCUCCGCCCGCCCCACCCCACGCGCCUGCAUUUCGCCGUCCGCCUCGCUCAGCGCGCACACGUCCUCCAGCGCGCUCGUUAGCACGAUCUCGCUUGGUGAUGGGCUGCGCGAGUGGGAUUGCGUGAUGGAGACUAGGUCGCCGAUGUCGGUGCUGUGGAUGCCGUGGGUGUGGUUUGGGGAGGUUGAGCCUGUUUGUGGUGGUGAGCUUGGCUGCGUGUGUGUUUGGGACUGGGUUUGUGAUUUGUCGGCGUCGGCGUUGGCGUUGGCGUUGGCGGAGGAGAAUUGGGACGGCGGUUUGAGUGUGGGUGUAGGAUUUGUAUUGGGGUUGUGGGACAUGGUGGUGCUGCUUUGGUUCUGUUAUUUGUAUCGGAAUUGUGCUUGGUGAGUAGGAAUUCGUUGGCUGGGGGCAAGAGUGGUGGCUUAUGUAGGAGAAACCUGUGCUGGAGAGUUGCUGGCGGAGUCAGCAGGGGCGCCGCGUGAUGGUUCGGUGCAAACGGUGGGUUGCGUG